AUGAAAUUCCUACUACUACCUCAAACUUAUCAUAGUGGUGAAAUACAUUGCUUAGAUAUCAACAACGAUAAUUCUGGACUAAUCACCGGUGGAGUUGACAAUUAUAUUAAUGUUUGGAACUUACAAGAACUAAUACAUAUUUCAAAAUUAGAACAGUCUGAAUCGAAGAAUACUCAGCGACAUCAAAUUGAACAUAUUAAACCGAUCCAUUCAAUACUUGUACAUAAAUCAACUGUGAAUAUACUUAAAUGGUUACCCAAUGCCGUAAAUAAGUUUAUUUCGAGUGAUACUGAUGGUAAUAUUUAUUACCAUGAUCUACGAGAUGAUGAUAAAUCUAUUCACAAUAAAUUAUUUCCAUUCAAUAAAGAGACUUCUAGUGAACUAUCACCAGUUGUGGAUUUAACAAUUUCAAGAGAUGGUAGAUUAGUUGCAUGGAGCACUAAUGAUGAAAAAAUAUACGUCAUAGAUAUUGAAAGAAAUACCUUUCAAGAGUUAAAACCCAUAUCGAAUGAAAAACCAGUGGUACAUAGAAGUUUGGCAUUUAAUAAUACUACAAAUUACCUUGUUGCAGUUGGAGACGACACACAAUUGAAUGUAUUUCAAUAUGAAUUCGAUAAUACAGGAUCGUAUAAAUUCAGAUGCAUAAAUAAAAUCACGAGAUUGUUUAGUAAUAAUACACUCAACGUUAAGUAUAAGAGAAUUUCAUGGUCUCCAGACGGAGAGUUAUUAUCCGUACCGACGGCUUCUAAAGGUCAAACUACCUUAAUUUCAUUAAUUUCUUCUACCUUCAAUUGGACUAAUAGGGAAAGCUUGGUUGGCCAUGAUUUGAGCUGUGAAGUUGUUAAGUUCAGUCCAAAUAUUUAUUCAAAAAAAGAAAGUGAUGAUGAGGAAUUGUAUAACAUUCUUGCAUCUGGAGGGUCAGAUAAAACUCUUGCUAUUUGGAACACUUCAAAUUCAACUCCAAUACUACUCUUGGAAAAUUUAGUAGCCAAUGCUCAGAUAUAUGAUUUGGCUUGGACUGAUACAGAAAAUAUAAUAUUUUGUACGUCUUCUGGACAAUUAGGAAUAGUGACUUUUGAAGAGCAUGAAUUGGGUUUCCCAGUCGAUGAAGUGGUUGUUGAAAACUUAAAAAAAUUAACAGUUGAAAAAAUGAAGGCUUUAGAUUAUAGAUACGAAUAUGAUCAAUCAUCUGGUAGUAGAAAAGUCAUGGCACCACUAGAGUUUGCAGAUCAAGAAAGGGCUAUCAAAAUUGCAAAAGAUAAACAAGCUGAUGAUCAUUCUCAAAAAGCAAUAGAAAUUGUUAGCGAACCGGAGGUUGAGGACAACCAAAUAAAGGGGUCAAUUGAACCAAAAGUUAUUGAACCGACCCAACCAAGAAAUGAUUCCAAUCUCGCGACCCCCAAGCUGGUAUCAAUUCAAAAUACACCACCUUUGGAAGCGAAGCAAACUAGAAAACCUAAUCCCCCCACACAAGAAUUAAAUUUAAAUAAACAGAAAUCCACUACUAAAAAUGGUAAAAGAAGAAUUCAACCCACGUUGUUGACAAAUAAUGAUUCAGUUUCCACCACGAAUACUCUAGUGAGAGUCAAUUCCACACAGUCAAAUGCAAUAGUCAGUAAAGAUCCUAUGGAAUUUGACAAAGCUUCAUAUUCUGUAACAGAUGAAUUUUAUAGAUCAAAGCGAAUACGACAAGAGGAUACUAAUGGUACAAUAAAAAAACCAAAGCGGGAAAUGGAACCAAUUAAAUAUAUUGGUUCAGUUAUAAUUAAUCCAAAUACUUCUUUUGCAAAAACUAGACUAUCAGCUCCUAAAAUAAAAUUUGAGUUUCAAUUAAAAGGUCAAAAGGCUGAAGAUUUAUACACAUUAGAUAUAAAAAAUGGCUCUGGAAAUGAAACAAAACCAUCAAGAGUAACGUGUUUCCGAAAAGAUAAAGAAAUCUGGUGUGAUUUUAUUCCGAAACUAAUACAACUAGCAUGUGAAGGUGGUUCGUUUUGGGCAAUUGCUACUGCAGACGGACAAAUAUUGACUUAUUCUCAUUUAUCGGGUAAGAGAAUACUACCGCCAAUAAUUUUAGGAUCUAGCCUUGCAUAUUUGGAAAGUCACAGUAAAUAUUUAAUGGCAGUUACUACACUUGGUGAACUUUAUGUUUGGAACUUGGAAAUUAAAAAAAUUGAACUAAACUGCCUGAUAUCCGGGUUAUUGGAUUUGAAUUCAAGAUUUCAAGAUGACGGUUUAACAAAAUCUGAUACAAUCACGUUAUGCGCCGUAACUUCAUUGGGAAUUCCAUUGGUCACGCUUUCGAACGGUUCUGGUUAUUUGUAUAACAAAGAGUUAGCAACGUGGCAGACUAUCACUGAAGCUUGGUGGUUGUUUGGCUCUCAUUACUGGGACAGCACGGAUGAUGGAAAGAAUUCAUUGCAGUCAUUGAAUAUGUUUGAUGAUGAAGAUUCAAUCUUGGAAGUUUUGGAAAAUAAAACAAACGAGGAAGUUAUUAAGAAAACAAGGACUGGAAGAGGCAAAUUUUUCAAUAAGAUCUCUAAAAACAUGUUGAUGAAAGAAGGAUUUGAAAGUUUGGAGAAUACUAUAUCUAUUAGUCAUUUAGAGAAUAGAAUAUUAUGUUGUGAAAUUUUGGGCGAAAGUAAAGAUUUUCACAAAUACUUCAAAACUUAUGUUCAAAGAAUCUGUGAAUUGGGUUUCAAAGCCAAAUUGUUCGAAGUUUGUGAUGAAUUGUUGGGACCAACUGAUGAUGUCGACUCGCAAAAUCAAUGGAAUCCAAAAAUUUGUGGUUUUAACAAACGAGAUCUUUUGAAGGAAGUUAUUACUUUGUGUUCACAAUAUAGAGAUGCUCAAAGAGUAUUGUAUCAUUUCAGUAGUAAGAUAGGCAUGAUUAAUGAUGAAUUGGAUGGUAAUGGUAUGGAAUAA